GCCGAGUCUCUCCGACUCCUGAUCGCUCUCGUCUUCCGCCAUGCUGCUCCGGCCGCCCUGCGCGUACCGAGCUCCAGCUCUCUCCCCCGCCCCGAUCGACCGGAUAACCCGCCCCGAUCGGCCGCGUUCCUCAGUUCCGGCACCACCCCCACCACGCGUUGUUACUGAAGACGACAAUGGACCGAUUUGACGUGAAGCCUCCUCCCUCCCGAAGCCGUUCCAAGACUGCUUUGUAUGUGACUCCUCAGGACCGUGUAACUGAGUUUGGCAGUGAACUGUACGAAGACGGAGGGAAACUAUAUUGCAGUUUCUGCAAUGUGGUUCUGAAUCAUGUUCGCAAGUCUGCAAUCAAUGACCAUCUCAAAUCCAAAACUCACACCAAGCGCAAGGGGGAGUUUGAAGAGCAAACCGUGAGGAAGAAGCCACGGACACUGACUGCCUCUCUGCAGUGCAACAGUGCACCCCAGACAGAGAAGCCCGGUGUCAUCCAGGACUUUGUAAAAAUGUUUCUGGAAGCUAGCAUUCCCCUCGAGAAGGCUGACCAUCCAGCCGUGCGUGCUUUUCUCUCUCGCCAUGUGAAGAAUGGGAACUCCAUACCCAAGGCAGACCAGCUAAGGAAAGCUUACUUGCCUGAUGGGUUCACCCAUCAGCUUAUCAAGUCUGAAGACCACUGAGGAGGAGGCCACUUGGUUCUAGGUGUGAAGUAUUACAGUUGCAUAGCAGUGGUGUGGUUUAUUUUUAUAUUCAUGCACAUGCAAUGUUAUGUAAUGGUUUUUGUAUUGUAAAAUGACAAUCUAUUGCAGAAUGCAAUGAAGUACAACAAACAGUGGCUGACUCUAGUAUUAUAAGAGUUUGGAUCUAAAAAGUUGUUGGAACUAAAGUUGUUGGAACUCCUGGGGGCAGGGAGAUGGCAGGAAGGUGCCAUAUUGUUGAAUUGCUAAAUAUUGCCCAGUGCUAAAUGAAUAAUGUAGAAAACUUCCUCUAAUUCCUUCUUCUCCUCCUUCCAUAUUACUUGAUACUUGGAAAUGAACAAACUAGAUAUGGUCAAACUCAAGAGUCUCAUUUCUGGCUUUAAUCCUAAAUAUGUAUGCAUAUAUGUCCUAUUUAUUAGGCCUGAAUCCUCAGCAUAAAUUUAUCACCAAUGUACUUAAGGAUGCUGAGAUAAUCCUGCAGGUUUGAUUUCCAAUGCAGAUUUUGUAAUUCUGCUGGUACAGACAAUUAUCAGGAGCUCACUUUUUGCCUGAUUCUAUGUAAUUUAUUUUCUGUUGGGGGACUUUCUGUCUGGAUACACAAACCCUUGCACAGCUAGCGCUGGGUCCAAGAAUGCAGAUGUACAUCCCAAUGAAAGCAAAGUGCAGCAUUUACAUUUGGAUGCUCAUUUCAAUCAGCAUCCCAUUCCUGAAAGCAAGAACGUUCCUGAAAGCAAGAAUGUUUGAGACACUCCAUGGAAAAUAAAGGAAAAGGUUUUGCAUAUUCUUAAAUACUAUAGUUAAUCGGAGGAAAGUUGCAGGACUCUGAGAGUGAAGUUAUACAGCUGACUGCCUGUAGAUGGCAUUGCUUUGCAAAUAAUGUUAGUAUGGGGAGAUCUUUUUUUGUCAACUAUGCCAUUUCUGUUUCUCUUUAACUUCAACUCUUCAAAGCUGUCUCAGGUAGCUGGAUUUUUUUUAUCCAUUUGAAUAGUACUUUUGAACUUUGCUUAGUUUGGGCCUAUGUAAUUUGAUUACCUUUUGCGUCAAUGUAUAUUCCCUUUUCUUGUUUGAAAUUCUUUCCAGGGAGAACAGCAUUCUGUUUAAAAUAUUCUUAGGAUGCAGUCCUGUGCGUCUUUUGACAGGAAGAAAGUCCUACUAUUCUCAGAAUACUAGGCGUUGUAGGAUUAUUUCCCCAGCUAAACAUGAAUAGGAUUGUAUCCUUAAGGCAUUAACUAGCAGCAAUGCAUAGUCCUCCCAAAAUUAAGCAGAUUUGGAUCCCAUUGAUUUGAAUGGUAGAAUUAACCAUUACUAUAUGUCUUCCCUGUUGAAAUAGGCUAGAUCAUGCCCCAAAUACAUUACUCUUUCUUAACGGAAUUGUAAAGGAAGCAAGCUAGCUGCCUCUUGCCUGUUUUUCUUAAAAUGCACAGCCGAAUCAAAUGGGGGGGGGGGGAGAAUGAAUGGGAAACCAUUAUAGAAGUAUGAGCUAGAUCAUAGAUUUAUUCCUUUCCCUACACAUUUUCCUCUUCGGAGUAAAAUUGAUGAUGCAGAAUAAGCAGUUUAAGGAAAGUGAGGCUGCCAUACCAUUCAAGUAGUCUGUUAUAGCAAGGCUUGGCACUAGUGAAUGCAACCCAGGACCUGGAGUCUGCUUGGCUUACUAAAAAUUGUAGCUGUCAUCUUUAAAGCAUUUUAGCUCUCAUUUUUGUAUGGAUGAAAUGUGUAGGUGACAUUUAUUCUAGGGUUUGGAUUCCAGUUUAGUCAUAUUUAGAGUAGACCCAUUCAAGUCAUAACUAUGUCCCAUUGAUUUCAAUGGGUCUCUUCUAGGUCUUAAGUCUGGAUCCAACCCAUUGCUUCUAGUGAUUGAAGGAGGAAUGUCUAUGUCCUCCCCCUUCCCUGAACCUGCCUUUCCUUUUUUUCCCCUUGUGCCACUGCAGUUCUUGCCAAAUUAGUCUGAAUUUUGUCAAACCUCAAAUAUUGCUCAUAGCUUUUCAUCUAUAGCUUGGAGUUGUUUUUCUUCGUCUGAACAUUGUUAGCCCUGAGCUUUGUUACUAGACAAAGGAUCACAGCCUUAGUAAUCACUUCUAGAGCAGAAUCUAAUUAUUGGCACACAGCAAGCAUAUUCUGGACUUGCCACAUACCAGUUUUCAAAUAUUGAAAUGCACUAUUCCAGUACAAUAUUUAAAAAUAAUAAUAGUGUGUUCUUAUAUUAGGAUUGCAGCAGUGGCACAUCCACUUCAUAGGCACAAAGGCCAAUCUAAAGUUUUAAGCCUUUUUCCUACUUUCAAGAGAGCUCAUGGUAAUUAGGAUCAGAAAAAUGCCCAGCUUUCUAUCUAAAAAAUAGUACUAUCUAAAAAAUACUGGGCCAUUUUUUUAAUUUAUUUUUUUGCAGAUACCGUACUUUAUUCUUCAAAAAGAAACAUUACUCAGCCAUGGCCUUGGGAGACAGAAAUGGGUUGAGCAAGUGGAUAGUUCCUUAAAAAAUCAGAUGUUUAAUUUUUAUAGUUAUUUUUGUUUAUCUACUAACUCUUGUGUGUUAGUUUAAAUAGAUGACCAUAAUGCAGUCCUGUCAAUACAUGCGUACUUCCUGUCUUCCUCAUUUAUCAGCUUGUUCUGUGUGUUGUCUAGUCAUGGAGUGGGUGCCCUCUGUGUAAGGCAAUGGGAAAUGCAUGUGCUGGACUUCAUGGGGUUGUGUCCUUGUACUCCUUUGCUACUUGCAUUCACAGGGCAGCCUCACAGGCUAACAAGGACACACCAUUUGUGCACAUUUUCUUUGCACACUUCCAAUUAAUGUGCAGCAUGGUGAUACCUUCAGAAGCAUGACUCUCUGUUCUUCUGAAACCUGCACAUCUCACCACAGAAGAGAUUAGCAGGUUACUACAUGGCACAUUACUCCUUAAGUGUGAAAACACUAAGAGCAUGUGCAACUGUGCUGCCUAGAAGAAAGGAAGCUGCAAGGUGAUAGCAUUGAUCUAGAUGUUGGAAUAAAUCAUGAAAAGGAGCAAUGUCUGUGACUCAUCGUUGAUUUCUUUUAAUUAAUCACCAUUCGGACUGUACAAAAUUGAAUGGUGGAUCAUUUUACUUCGCUCACUUUAUUCUUUUCAUUUGUGCGUGUAACAUUAGCACUGAAAUAAGUACAUGCUACUUAGCCAAAGUAGUUUUAUUUAAUGUUUUACAGAUUGAUCUUGCUUAAACAUGAUUGGCUUUUCAAGGACAUUUGUAUUUGAAAGUAGGAUGUAUUGAAUUAUCUGCAACUUGCUUCCCACGUAAAAUACAUAGGAUUGGUCUUCAUGGAUUGAGUUAAUUGGCAAAGAUCUGAAUUUUGAAAUUCAUUAUUUUUUAUCUAUUUCAUUGAGCACAAGAUUUCUCCUUUGUGGGUCUGAAAUCUUUCUAAGCUAUUAAUGCUAAAGUGUGUUUUUCAGAGACAGACAUGCAUCAUGUUUGGAAUUGAGAGCUUACAUUUACUGCAGUAACAAUAAUUUGAAUGUUAGGUGUUAACAUGGCAUCUUUAUGAACUGCUAAUUUUCAGAUUUUCACCUUUAUUGUUAUAAUGGAUUGAAAUAACCUUUGACUCAACCAGUCCAGUUUACAACAGAAAGCAAAAUUAGUUUCUUCCAGCCAAGGGAUGGUCUUAAGCUACUCAAAAAUUCCUAACACCCAAAGGAUUUUUUUUUAAUUUAGGAUGUUGCACUUAAAUUGAUUUCAAUGAUAACUUUUUUCUUGAGUGAAAUAAAGGACACAAUUAUAAUGUGCUAAUGAUUACCAUUUAUUUAUAGAGACACACUUUGUAUGGAUAAUCUUACUAUCCCUUUCUACGGUUUCAUCUUUACAGUCGCUGCUAGUAUAUAUAUAUAUAUAUAUAUUUUGUUGGCUUAUGCAUGUUACGUAUUCAUUGUGUUUAUGUUUUUAAAGUUCUGUGUUGACUUUACAAAAUAAAGUUUUUUAAAAUGAAUA